GCCCCUGGCAUGUAGGCUGCUUGCGAAGGAGACGAUUGUAUUUCACGCAUGCAAGCAGACCUCGCGACGGGAAGUCAGUCGGCUUUCCGUUUCCUGUCUAGAGAUCUGCUCAACUACAUCACAUCAUCAGAAUGCCAAAAUCAAAGGAAGUGCUGUCUUCCACGUCUGGGAGUGACUCAGACAGUGAAGUAGAGACCAAGGCAAAGAGAAAGAAGUCAAGUGUACCCGAGAAACCAGCCAAGAAACCAAAGAGUGGAGAGAGUUCCAAGCCAGGUGGCUCAUCCAAGGCCAACAGUAAUGGCGACGACAACAUGUUCCAGAUUGGAAAGAUGAGGUAUGUCAGCGUGAGGGACUUCAAAGGGAAAGUCCUGGUUGACAUCAGAGAGUACUGGAUGAACCAAGAUGGAGAGAUGAAGCCGGGGAAAAAGGGUAUCUCCCUGAAUCCUGAACAAUGGAGCCAACUGAAGGACCAGAUUUCAGACAUUGAUGAAGCCAUUAAGAGAAUAUAAGCAUUCCCUUUAAUGUUACCUGUCAUACCAAUUAUGUUAAAUUAGCUAAUCAGUUUUGUAAAGCGCCUUAGAUUGAUUUCUGAUGGACUUGUUUAGUUUGUGGUUGUAUAGAUCUAGUGUCGUCCGCAUACUGUGGUGUUCUGUGUGAAACUUAAUAAAUUAAAGGUGUGUGAGGAUCAUUCUAGUCGGUGGGUAGAAUAAAGUGGUGUUUUGGUAUUGAACGAUAAAAAUAGAAAACGAGGCACUAGCUUAAUAUUGUUGUCAAUGUGUGUAAAUUUGUGUUCCCGGCUUGACUGACAUGCACAUUUUUUUGUUUGAUCUGACCUUUGUAAUACAUAGCACCCAACAUCAGUGAUUUUCAUUUGUGAAAGCCGAGUCCACUCUGUCAUGUUGUACCUGCAAGCGAUUAGAUUCAUGGUAAACCACGGGAUUAGGUUUUGAAAAUAAAUGAUAAUAUUCAACAAAAUUGGCAAAUGUAAUUAUUGAAAGCAAUAAUUACAAUUAUUGAAAGCAAUAAUUACAAUUAUUGAAAGCUGUAUUGGACUUGUGUGACCUGUAAACCAGUUCUGUCAGGUGCUGGGCCUUUGAUGCCGUGUAGCGGCCACCAGAUGGCAGCAGAGAGUAGAGGUGGUGACGGGGGUGAGUUGCAUCCCUCCGAAUGCUGAUCUGAAGAUGUCGUCCUGUUGGAGCAGGGGAAAUAUUUUCUGGGCUUCUUCUAUGACUUCAUAGAGAGCUCAUCUGUCUGCUGCCAGACAGUUGGCAUGCCAUACUGUAAUACAGUAUGACAGCACACGCUAUAAAGCAAUGGUGUAAGGACAUCAGCCUUGUUUUGUUUUUUUUACAGUAGCAGUGGAGUUAGGAGACAAAAAAAGAAAAACAAAGCACCUGCUUUUUAUAGUGCUUUCGCCUGAUUGGUGAGUUUACAACUAAGCACAUAAGUGUACGUACACCUGACGGUUGUGUUUGAUCGAUCGGUCCUCAGGAAAUGAUGUUGAAAAGCAGGGCCUUGACAUGGCGAAGAAGUCACAAUGUACAGAAGAUUGGUUUAGUGUUUUGCUCAUGUGAGGCUGAGAAUGCUCUUAGUGGUGCAGCUGAGGUUUUGCUCUUUGAGCAUCAGUUUCAAUAAAUGUGCUUCAUGUGUCAUUUUAGUGUGUUAGCGAGUGUGUUCUUUAUGAAGCAGUUACAUCCUAGUUCAGUUUGUUAGGCUCAUCCUAGACAGGUCCUUAUUUGCUAUAAAGUUAUAACACGGUUGUUAAACAAAGUUGAAGUUGUAUUUUUGAAAGUGGUAUUGUCACAGUGGAUCGUUGCACUAAUGUCCCUAUAGAACCUUAAAUUGACAUUUAGGAAGUUAGUUUACAAGGAAAGAAAGUACCUUUCCAUUAAUUGAACUCUGACUUUGGAAGUAAAUCACAAAUUUGAGUAAAAUGAAAAUGCUUUUUUAUUUUCAUCAUGCAUGGCAUUGUGGGACGACAGGGUUCAUCAACACCACACUGAAUGUAACUUACUUAUUGUACUUUUUCAAACCACAGGAAGUACUAUGUAGUAAAUUCAGCACAGAGAUGAAGGGAGGUAGAACAAAUGCUGUUAUAAUAAGCUUAUACAGAAGCUUCUUUCCAGCAGCUUAUAAUUCUAGAGGGAUGUUCCAGCCAUAAAUCAAGCCGAAAUGUAAUUGUCCUGUUACAGCAUUGUUUUGUUGUCGUACA